AUGAGCCAACAACCUGCUGCUGUUGCCCCUAGCACUAACAUCCCGGAUCUCGAGACGAUAUGGUACGAGCCGGACCCUCAAAAAUUACGAUGCCCGAUAUGCGAAAAGCAGUUUACACAGAGCGCCCUGAUUCGAACUUUUCGAGUCGGGCAGACAGGCGGCCGAUCGCUGGAGUCUCUGGGCUGUAGCGGCGUCAUCGCGACGCACCUCGACAGGGACAUCAUACUUUACGACAGACACCUGGACUGCUUGUUGCAGUAUGAUAUCGCAUUUACGGGUGUCUCUCAUGUCUGGGAUCCACAAGUCUGGGUCGCGCAAAUGCAGAACCGCCGUUCGCCACAGCCGGCCGACGUCAGACGUCUAGCUAUCGAGUCGCCUAUUCACGUCUACGAAGGAUUGAUGCGGGACAAAAGAGACGAGGACGGCGAGGAGCUGUGGCAUGACUAUUUCAGCGUCCCACAGUGGACCGGCGAGAUCAAGACGUGCAUCCUGGCCACUAUCCACACCAUCUUCAGCUCAGCAGCCACGACGCUCUUCUACUUCCACGAUCUGAGUGACGACCUUGUGCAGAAGCUUCGGUAUGGAAAUUCGCCCUUGGAGCAUCUGCAGGGCAUGACGGGUCGGCCGCGUCAGGAUGAUGACCGCCGACUACCAGCCUUGGGCGAGCCGUCCGAUCCCGGUUUCCUAGGAAGAUUGAAGGAGGUGUGGGAUGAGGAGCUCAAGAAGCACCCGAGCGUGUUUGAUCUGGAGCGCAAGGUGGAGAUGGGACGAAAUCUGGUCCCGUGGAAUCUUGGGCCUCUAGGGGAAGUCAAGGCGAUGAGGACGACGAAUUUCGCAAUGGCCUAUGCCCUGCUUUCGAAACGAGGAUGUCGCGACCAAGGUGAUUUCCUUUACGCCGUAAGUGGGAUCAUUACUGCAAGACCAAAGAUGCUGUUUCGAAACGACUUCCUCACGGAGCUUGCCGAACUUGCAAGAGGCUGCAUAGAGGCUGGGGACUAUAGCCAUCCCCUCAUCAUGCUUGGAAGUGCUGAUCCUCGCGCCCAUCGAAAUUACGCAGAGUUGGGCGAGCAGACGAGCAAUCCGGAUUCUAUCGAGGCGCCGUCCUUUGAUGCCGACCGCCAGACGGUGGCACUGGGGCUCGAGAAGAUGUGUACUGUUGCUCUGGCCCGACACGCAAAUGGCGGAGUCGAAACGGGCGACGCUAUGAAGGAUUUCGCGCGCCGCGCCGCGCUGACCUUGGAGCUCACUGGACCAAAUCUUAACGACUUCGUCGCAUCGCUCGGGACCAGGCUCUACGGCGCAAAUCAGGACAUCAUGAUGGAAGCCCUCAAAACAGCCAACAGCCUCGAUGCCGUCGAAAAGGCUCUUUGCACUCGUUUUAACAAUCCAGAAUGCCGGUACGGCUCCUGGCCCCGAAGGCGCAGAGUGGCUUGCCAACGCCUUAUCGCUGUCGACCAUCACCAGCGACGAGCCUGA